UUGAAAAUGCCGGUUGACACAAGACGUAUCCGUGGACCGGAGGAGUCGCAGUCCCCGCUGCUCUUUCUUUCCCCAGACAAAGUUCCCGAGGCCAGCAGCAGGCAGGGCGUCCGAGGGAAUGGAGACGUGCGGCCAGUGUUUGCGCGCUGCGGGCUGAUCAGCCAGGCAAAGGGCUCUGCGUACCUCGAGGCAGGAAACACCAAGAUCAUAUGCUCGGUGUACGGACCGAAGGAAACUGAACGCAAGGACGAAACAGACAUGAAAACCGGUCGCCUUGUUUGCGACUUCAGGCUCGCGCCGUUUUCCUGUAUGAAACGGGGUGCCUGGAUCCAAGGCAGCGAGGAAAGAGAUCUGUCCACGACUCUACUGGAGAGUUUGCAGCCAGGAGUUUGCCUGCACAGAUACCCACGCUCGCAGAUUGAGGUUAAUGUCAUCGUUCUGGAGAAUGACGGCUCGAUUCUUGCUCAUGCGGUGACCUGCGCCUCUAUGGCCCUGGCGGAUGGCGGUAUUGAAAUGUACGAUAUGGUGUUGGGUUGUGCGCUGCGGCAGAAUGGAAACACGUGCCUCGUUGACCCAUCAUACUCAGAGGAGUGUGGGACCUGGCAGGAGGGAUACGGGGAGAAUCAGGGAUGUGUCACCGUGGCUCUGCUUCCCAAUCUGAAUCAAGUGUCUGGUCUGAAUGCGGACGGGGAGAUGAGGGAAGAUACGCUGGCUGAUGCCGUGAGAACCUGCAUGGACGGCUGUCACAAACUCUAUCCGGUGGUACAUCAAGCACUGACUCGGGCCGUGAAGAGAAAAGCUCCUCCACCUGAGAAAUAGACACUUGGUUGCCAGGAUCCUAAAGUUUUUGUUUUGAGGAAAGUAAAAUAAUAAAACUAAAAGUAAAUAUAUUGUUUAUGUACAUGCAUUAUUUCUACACUUAAUCGUGUAACAUUGUAGUACUAAUUAAAUAAACAUAUCUUCAGUUGCAAAUA